AUGGUGAAGCAACUCUUGUUAUUUGUAUUAAUAAUAUAUUCUGCUGAAGCUGAAGUUAUGUCAAGCGUACCAGCCCAUUUGAUCGCUUGCUAUCGCAAUGGAGGUCCGCUUCUGAAUGCACCGCAUCGUCUCGACGUAUUCCUGUCAAUUGUGAAACGUUUAGAACUAUCUGCUCGACUGGAUAUGAGAUUGUUUAGUGCUUCAUUAUUAAGAAGAUUCCGUCUGGAUGGCAUAGAACAAGCAUCGAAUCCGGUUGAAUCAGAAUUUGUGCUGCCAUAUAGAGCAUCAGCAUUUCAGUUUUACAAAUUUAAGCUCCUAAUGGAUCUGUUUUUGCCGAGUCAGAAUCUUCUAGAUAUGGAUGAAAGUCUAUCACUAAUAGAAAGCUGUUUAUUACAUAAACUUUUGAGUUCAAUGGUACAACCGUGGGAGAGGGGUGACGAAAAUCUGACUUGUCCAUUGUCUAUAGAGCACAGACAGAAAAUAAUAAAUGAUGGCGCCAGCAGAAUACACAGUAGAUGCCCAAUAGAAAAUGGCGUCAUCCAAACAGACUGGGGUCCCAUAGCACCGGGUACAGUUGUAGCCGCAGUAACAGCAUCAUUAGAACAGCAGCGAGUGUCUAUCACGGACAUAUUUAGCACCAAUAUUUAUAAAUCAGAAGUAUCAAAACCUUUAAUCGAGUUGGCCAAACAAGACUGGGAGAAACAAGUUGAAAAGCUAACUGUUGGCGACAACACUGUACAUUUUGAAAGAUCAAAAAUGGUUAACGAUGAGCUAGAAAUCAGUAAUAUAUGGGUGUCGACUCUAGCUGGUGACUUAGCUGAAGUUGUAGUGAAUCAAGGGCCUAGAGUGGGCGCAUCGUCACAGCGUUUGGUGGUCGGUAGCAAUAACAGAUGGAAUGAUUCUGUUUUGCCUCGUAUGUUUUAUCUAUUGCCGCAGAGCAGCGGCGUUGUCGACUGGCAUUUUACAGACGCGGAAAUUCUUGCGGGAGUUGACGGCUUAAUAUUAGCGAGCUACGUGCCGUCCUUGGAUAGAACAGCGCAGAUCGCUGAGACUUUGAGAUUUGCGCACAUUUUGUCUCUGAAACAAAUAACCGUUUAUAUACCAUUAGAAGAAAUGCAGAGAAUUAGUGAAGCUGCUGUCACAGCUUUCAUGGAAUAUGUCCCGUCUGUACUGCAAAGGUAUCACCAGAAUUGUCAAUUGAGCCAUAAUGUCCCUGAGAUGGACUUAAUAGUUGCGACUGAUGGCUCCUGGAAAGGAUAUGACGUGGAGCAGUUUAUGUCUUGGAUCGGCAGAGCGUUAGAAAUAGACCAACAGAGAAGUACCAUAGCAUUGCUUCAUGGCAACACGGGUCGAUGGAUCGUCCCCCCAUCUAACAACAUGACUGUUUUCUUUAGUCAUAUCGCUAAUUUCACUGACGAAUGGCCAAAUCGUCUCAAUCUACCAAAUAUACUAUCAAGAAUAAACGUGCAAUUGCGUAAUCAAACACUGCAAGACAUUUUCUCCAAAAAAGCCAGUGCAGGGCGCAAUACGGUUGUAUUAGUGAUCAGCCCAAAUGACCAGCUCACUGGCAAUGAGCUUGAAAGGUCUAGGGAACUAAUGUAUUCAAUUAGGUCGACUUACUUUGAUGCAUAUUUCGUCUAUGCAGCUCAGGACUUAACAAAUUUUAAAAAUAUUAACAAUGAAUAUAUGGACUAUUCGGAAAUUUUUAUCACGUUAACUUCAACUAAUGUGCUAGAUGUAACUAAUGCAAUAGAUACAUAUUUGAUAAAAUCUGAUAUUCCCAAAAAAGUAGUUGGUGCUCAGUGUCCCUUUAAUGGCACAUGGUAUGAUCAAGUACCUUAUGAAGAUGCGAUAUUGCCUGGUCGGAAGCAAUACUAUCGUAUUCAUCCUUUUUACUUAUUACACCAAGCGCGUAUACAUGUACAGUUUCGUAAUGAUGCGCACGGCAGAAUAUUGGUGUGCCUGUGGCGUGGUGCUGAGACAUCACAAGGAUGCCAAACAUUGAGUGAACGAGAUGUAUACACGUUUAACCUCACCACACCUUGUCCUUCACCAGGCUUUUGCCCGCCUGCGUACUUUGCAGUGACCAUAUUGUCUACGUUGAAUGCUUGUGCCCAUGCGGAUUGCCGCUUCCCAAAUCAAGUUGGCUAUUACAUUCGACAUUCGGGUUUUCGUUGCUUCCCGCUGCUUGGUGCUGCAGUAGCACUGUCGCCUCUUUGGAAAGUGCAUUUAGGACUUUCUCUUAUGAUCUCAUUUUUGUACUUUAAUCAAUAA